AUAUGUAUUGGGCUUUAUAACAAGAUGGGCCCAUUAUGCAAGCUGUCUGUCUACACACGUCAAGUAUAACAAGAUGGGCCGACACUUUGUGUUUCUGUUCCGACAUUUUGCAUCCAGACACCUCUGUUACUGUCUGUUUCCAGAACUUCUCCCCGGAGACGAAAAAGAAAAAUAGCUACCAAACAAUCUAGGGAUCUUUACCGUUCUUCGAUUCGCCGAUAGUUGAGACUUCAAUGGUGAGCCAAGGAAUGGUGUCUCUCACCAAGUCUCUAUGCAUUACAACUCCAAGAAUCCGCCUCAAGAACCCCAAGAUGAUACACAACCUAAAGACCGGCUCUUCUCAUCAUCUCCGUGUCUUAUGCACAAAGAUGUCUCAGUGGGAACCAUCUCCUUUCAUCCGUUCCUCUGCACAAGAAGCUGGUAACAUAGUAUUAGAGAAAACCUCAAAUGUGUUCGAUUCUAUUGUAUCAGAAUCUGCAGAGGAGGAGCAGACUACUACUAACUCUCACCAGCAAGCUCAGGUUUUUAAAUGGCCGAUAUGGCUUUUAGGUCCAUCUGUUCUACUCACAAGCGGCAUGGCACCUACACUGUGGCUACCAUUAUCAUCGGUUUUCGUCGGUUCCAACGUGGUUAGCGUGCUUUCAUUGAUCGGUUUGGACUGCAUUUUCAACCUCGGAGCAACCCUUUUCUUGCUAAUGGCUGACUCUUGCGCCCGUCCUAAGGAUCCGUCACUGUCCUGCAAGAGCAAACCACCGUUUAGCUACAAGUUCUGGAAUGUUUUCGCGCUCUUAACCGGGUUUCUCGUCCCAACGCUACUCCUCUUCGGAUCCCAAACCGGUUUACUCGGUUCGCUUCAACCGGAGCUUCCUUUUAUCUCCUCAGCUGUUCUCCUCUUGCCGUACUUCAUCCUCCUCGCGGUGCAGACGUUGACGGAGAUCCUCACGUGGAGUUGGCAGUCACCGGUGUGGCUAGUGACGCCGGUUGUCUACGAGGCGUACCGGGUUUUGCAGCUGAUGAGAGGGUUGAAGCUAAGCGCGGAGGUGAACGCGCCGGUUUGGGUGGUUCAUAUGAUACGUGGGCUUGUGUCUUGGUGGGUGUUGAUAUUGGGGAUGCAGCUCAUGAGAGUUGCUUGGUUUGCUGGGUAUACAUCUCGAACAACAGCAACUAAUCAGCAACCAGAAUCAUCUGUUACUUCUAAGUAAAGAUAGAUAGUUAUGUUUCUUCCAAAAGGAUAUGUAACUAUUUUAUUAUAUAGUUUUUAUUGUUGGUGAUAAUAGCAAAAACAUAUUUUUUAUAUUCAUCUGUAUGCAUCAAGCAGAAUCUAUUGCUUCUAUGUAAAGAUAGAUAGUUAUUUCA